AUGCUGAAUUCAGACAACAAAGAAAAUGAGGUUCCCUUUUUCGCCAAAAAGGAAUUAGAUUCCUCCUCUCCUGCUGCCUAUCGAGUACAGCGUCCUUUAAUGCGCCGUCCUCUACAGGAAUUGAGCAUUGAGAUGGUCCCUCCUCCUUCAUCCACUUCCGGCAAAGGAACCAACGAGCCCUUAAAGAAGAUGAAAAAGCCCUUGACUCCCUCGCAUGGUUUUCAUCCUUACAAGAUCUCUACGAAGGUGUCACCACACUCAUCUAGUACUCAUAAACAACCUCUUAAACCAAAGAGUUCAAACAGGUUGAUGUCUAUGCGUUGA